AGCAUCGUGUCAGAUGGACCAUAUUGGGAUAACCUCCAGUAUCUGUCUCAGCUACAAAGCUGUCUUAAGAUGUAUUCGCAAACCCUUAUUAAUUUUCACUCUUCAAGGAUCAAAUAGAAGAAGCCACGAUUGAGGUGUAAAUGUAUGGGCAUCAGAGAGCCCAGUAUGAAGAAGACAGGCAGACCGGUGGUGAGUAAGGCUCAGAGUGGAGAGAGGGGGAAGACUGAAGGCGCUGCUACAGGAAUCACAGGCAAGGCUGCAGCCAAGACCACCACAACGGCACCUCUGUUAAAGGUUAAAAGCAAUGAUGAUCUGCUAGCAGCAAUGGCAGGGGGCACUCCAGCUAUGAACAGCACUGUGACCAAGAACAAGAGGACUGCCUCCACAGGGACCAGCAGUGGUAACCCAGACAGUAAACCAAAGACUAGCUCAGGUUCUUCAGCCAAGCGUGUGACGUCCUCUACCUCCAAGGAGCCCAACUCGUUAAGGGACCGUCUGCGAACAUCCAGAACAUCGGCUAGUAAAAAGCAGUCAUCGUCAGGGGCGGGGCAGGAGGAUGUGGCCCAGGGAAAGCGCUCUCGCACCCAGCAGCUGGCAGAGUCGGAGGGCCGCAUGAACAAGUCUAAAUCAGACAGCCAGAUCAGUGUCAAGGUGGCCCUGGAGGCCAAAGUGAAAGACCUGCUGGGUUUGGCCAAGAGCAAAGACUUGGAGAUCCUGCACCUGCGCAGCGAGCUGAGGGACAUGAGGGCCCAGCUGGGCCUGGGAGGGGAGGUUCCCCCAGAGGAGGGAGGAGGAGGGGAGGAGGAGAAGCCCCAGGAGAGGGAGGUGUCAGCCAUCACAGCAGCGGAUGUGGAGUCCACACUGCUUCUCCUGCAGGAGCAGAACCAUGCCAUUCGUGAGGAGCUGAACCUGUUGAAGAGUGAGAACCGCAUGCUGAAGGACCGGCUCAACGCGCUGGGCUUCUCCCUGGAGCAGAGGCUGGAUGGCUCUGACAAGUUCUUCAGCUACCCCUCCCUGAGCCCAGACCUGGCAGUCAGCAGCGGGCACAGUGAUGGCGGGGGCACUGGUACCCUCACCUCCUCUGUGGAAGGCUCUGCCCCGGGCUCCCUGGAGGACCUGCUGACGGCCCAGCAGCACAGUGGUUCAGUGGACAACCUGGACAGUGAGUCCAGCGAGGUCUACCAGGGCGUCACCUCCAGCGAUGAUGCCCUGGACGCCCCCUCCGGAGCCUCGUCCUCCUCCGACUCGGAGAGCGUGCCCAGGCGAGAGCGCUCACGCCGGGGCAGCAGCGGCAACGCCAGCGAGGUGUCUGUGGCCUGCCUGACGGAGCGCAUUCACCAGAUGGAGGAGAACCAGCACAGCACGGCCGAGGAGCUGCAGGCCACACUACAGGAGCUUGCUGACCUGCAGCAGAUCACCCAGGAGCUGAACGGAGAGAACGAGAGGCUAGGGGAAGAGAAGGUAAUCCUCAUGGACUCCCUGUGCCAGCAGAGCGACAAGCUGGAGCACUACGGCCGGCAGAUUGAAUACUUCCGCUCUCUGCUGGACGAUCACCACUUGUCCUACGUCCUGGAGGAGGACAUCAAAAGUGGCCGCUACAUGGAGCUGGAGCAGCGCUACGUGGACCUGGCCGACAACGCCCGUUUCGAGAGGGAGCAGCUGCUGGGAGUGCAGCAGCACCUCAGCAACACGCUGAAGAUGGCGGAGCAGGACAACACUGAGGCCCAGGAGGUCAUUGGGGCUUUGAAGGAAAGAAACCACCACAUGGAGCACAUCAUGGAGUCUGAGAGGCAGGACCGGGGGGCCAUGGUGGCAGCGCUGGAGGAGUAUAAGGCAGCGGUAAGCUGUGACCAGGUAGAGCUGAGCCGCUGCAGGGCCCAGCUGGACCAGGAGAGGCAAAAGGUGGCUGAGCUCUACUCCAUCCACAACUCUGGAGACAAAAGUGACAUCUGCCAGCUGCUGGAGGGGGUUCGGCUGGACAAGGAGGCGGCGGAGGGCAGGGCUGCCAAACUACAGGAGGAGCUGAGCCACGCCCGCACUGAUGUCACCAGACUGCAGGACACCCUCAGUAAGCUGGAUCGGGAGUACCGGGACAUCCAGGAGCAGGAGCAGAAGCAAAUGGCAGAGCAGAAGCGUGGGCUGGAGAAGCAGCGCGGGGAGCUGCAGGAGAAGGAGACUGAGAUCGGGGACAUGAAGGAAACCAUCUUUGAGCUAGAGGAUGAGGUGGAGCAGCACCGAGCCGUAAAACUCCACGACAACCUCAUCAUCACAGACCUAGAGAACUCUGUAAAAAAACUGCAGGACCAGAAGCGUGACAUGGAGCGGGAGAUUAAGAUUCUGCACCGGAGGCUGAGGGAAGAGUCGGCAGAGUGGCGUCAGUUCCAGGCUGAUCUGCAGACGGCCGUGGUCAUCGCUAAUGACAUCAAGUCGGAAGCACAGGAGGAGAUUGGGGAUAUGCGGCACCGUCUCCGCGAGGCCCAGGAGAAGAACGAGAAGCUUGGCAAGGAGCUGGACGAAGUCAAGAACCGCAAGCAGGAUGAGGAGAGGGGCAGGGUGUAUAACUACAUGAAUGCAGUGGAGAGGGAUCUGGCUGUACUGAGGCAGGGCAUGGGCCUGAGCCGUCGCUCCUCUACCUCCUCUGAGCCCUCUCCCACCGUCAAAACCCUCAUCAAGAGCUUUGACAAUGCCUCCUCACAAGGUACCCCAACCUGCGAGUGCCCAGUCCCCACGGCCGCUGCCCCUGCUGCUCCGACAGCACCUGCUGCCACAUUACCACGCACUCCCCUGAGCCCCAGCCCCAUGAAGACCCCUCCUGCAGCCGCCAUCUCACCUAUACAGAGACACUCCAUAACUGGGUCCAUCUCUGCACCCAAACCCCUCUCCUCUCUGAGUGACAAAAGGCCCAGCUACGCAGACAUCAGCAUGCCAGCGGAGCAUCUUCUCAGGGGCUCCUCUGCCAGCCGCCCUGCCUCUGCUCUCCAGAGGGUGUCCAACAUGGACUCAUCGAAGGCCAUGGCCAUCUCAGUGUCCCGCAGGAGCAGUGAGGAGAUGAAGAGGGACAUCUCUGCACCUGAAGGUGGCUCCUCCUCUCUGAUGGCCAUGGCCUCUGGUUCCUCCCUGUCCUCCUCCUCCCCCACCGCCUCUGUCACCCCCACCGCACGCAGCCGCCUCCGAGAGGAGCGGAAGGACCCCCUCUCAGCGCUGGCCCGGGAGUAUGGGGGCUCCAAGAGGAACGCACUGCUCAAGUGGUGCCAGAAGAAGACUGAGGGGUACCAGAACAUUGACAUAACAAACUUCAGCAGCAGCUGGAAUGACGGCCUUGCGUUCUGCGCUGUGCUCCACACCUACCUGCCUGCUCACAUCCCCUACCAGGAGCUCACCAGCCAGGAAAAGAGACGAAAUUUCACACUAGCCUUCCAGGCUGCAGAGAGUGUGGGGAUCAAGUCCACUCUGGACCUCAAUGAGAUGGCCAGUACUGAGAGACCAGACUGGCAGAGUGUGAUGACCUAUGUCACAGCCAUCUACAAGUACUUUGAGACCUGAUGUGAUCUCUCCACCCAACAUGGCAAGCACAACCUGCAGUCCAGCCUGCUAGCUCCUCUGACCUCAGCGCACCUCCAACACUUCAACUCGACAUUCAACUCAGCUGUUAUGCCUCACUUCACUGAGCCACCCUUCACCCCAACACCCAGCCAUGCCGCACACCGGCCGCUCUGUCUCUCGUCUAGACGCCUUCUAGUUUGAGUCACCAUAAGAAACGUUCAAAUAAGCUCACUGUUGACUUCCUAAAGCUAAUCAUGGUUAUUUCUAUGAUGAACAGUCUGGCAUUUUUUACUGACACAUUUAGUGUGAUGAACACAGCCUAAGGGCACUUCAAGCACCUGUUCAGGGCCUGUUCUGUUUGGGAUGCUAUAUUUACUCUUAUCCAUUACUGGAUAACCCAGUUGAGGUGAUCCUCAGUCCAGAUUGUCUGGUUAAACCAAUAUGAUCUGAUCUACAAUAAGAGCCUGCAGAUCUACUAGCUCUACUCUCCGUGACCAGAGUUGGGGAACAUGCUACAUACUAUCCCAGCCUUUGUGCCUUGCACCCGGCUUUGAUUCUUCUAACCAAGUGGUUAUCCCAAAUGUUUAAGCCAAACCAUACCCAGUGUGCAGUGUGUCCACCCUAGUAAUCAUGGGACACAUUUUCUAUGGAAAUCAGACAAGGCAUUUUUUGCUCCGUUGUCUUCCUGACCCAUUGAACACUGUGAAGGGGCCUCUUCUAUUAUGGAUUAAGUGCCUGUUUGAUUUACAUCGCUGGAGAUUUACUAAGAGACGGUUGGAGCAAAAAUUGCUAAAUGAAACGUUUCAAUGCUCCAUGCUUUCAAAGCAUCUUUGGAGGAAUCUAAGUGAAGCUUUUUAGAAGUGAUUCUGCAGUUCUAUGAACACUAGCUACAUCAUAAGGGAAAAGCUGUCAGGUGCUCUCUUGGUCACCUGUAAGAUUCAAGUUACAAUUGAAUGUGCUUUUGGACUAUUUUUAGGAGAGUGAUCAUUGCUACGUUAACAUAAUUUGUUUUGCUAACAGAGA